UUUUGUUCUUUUUGUUUGUGUGUGGUUUUGUACCGACAGAAUUUCUUGGACAAAGACUCAAGGAGAGAGAUUCUGGAAACAGGUCGUGAUGCGUGUUGCUUUGAGGCCUCAAAGUGGCUGCUUGGUGCUCUGCCUGUGCGUGUCUGUGGUCACCCUGCUGCUGCAGAGCCUCUGGGUGCCACCUGAGAGGACCAGGAGUGAAACUGCUGCUGGGAAGUCACCUGACGAGAAGAGCGAUGAUUUUCGCUUCCACAUGCUGGCAGUUCGACUGGAGGCCUUGAACGCUCAGGUGCAGAAACUGAGCAGUAAGACAGAUAAAACCCAGACGAACAGGAAUGAUCUCAGUUUAAUGCUGCAGAGCUUCAGACAAGACCAGCAGGGAUUGGCCCAGCUGGUGGAGACGGAGCUGCAGAAAGUGUCUCAGAGGCUCGACCAGCUCAUCCUUCAUCAUCAUCAUCAUCAGGCUUCCACUCCACACGUUUACAUCAGACCAUAUAACAGCACAGGACUUAAUGAGAAGUGUGAGGUGCCGACAGAUCCGGCUUACCCAGUGUGUGCAGAGAAGGUGGAGUUCCUGAGAGCGCGGUGGCAGUCAGACCCCUGUUACGCUUUUUACAAGGUGGAUGGCUCCACCUGCUCCAUUUUGGUGUACCUGAGUCAGGUGGAAGACUUUUGCCCAACCCAACCUGGGCGGAACCACACAGCAGCAUCAUGGCGUCACAAAACUCCUUCUUAUACAAAGCAGGCUUUCUUACGGGACUCUCUCAGUCCGCUCUAUGAGGUGAUUAGCAGCAGCAGCAGUCCGGCGGUGAAGUUCAUCCGGUCCAGAGUGGAGAGGAUGUCUGAAAGUUGGAUUUGGGCCGGGAGAGGAAUGAAGCCGAACAGGAACAAGACGGUCUCACCUCAGAUGAAGGUGCUGCUUCAUCUGGGCGCUCUGGCUGGAGAUGUUGGUCAGCGUUUUGAAGCAAUGGUGGACCGAGGCGGUCCUCUUGGAGAACUGGUCCAGUGGGCCGACCUGAGCGCCUGUCUGACCAUCCUGGGACACAACUUGACCUUCAGCACCUCACAGCGUCAACUACACAGACUGAUAGGUGCAGCUCCAGGUCAGGGCAGCUGUCCAAUCCAGAGACCUCUCACCUUUGACCUCAUCUAUACAGAUUACCAUGGGCUUGCUCACCUCCGCAGAGCUAUGGGACUGGCUUUCCAGCAUUACCAGUGUCGUUUCAGGAUUCUGGAUUCAUUCGGCACAGAGCCAGCCUUUAACUUGGCCAGUUAUGCACAUCUUCAUGGAUAUAAAACCCUGUGGGGCAGCUGGGGGCUCCAACCUCUGCAGUAUAUGACCAUGUUCCCUCAUACUCCAGAUAAUUCCUUCCUGGGCUUCGUUGGUGAAGAUGCGGUAAAGACGAACGACGAGUUUAAGCCAGAAAUCUACAAGAAAGACAACAUAGCAGUCGUCUACGGCAAACAGGAAUACAUGUGGCAGGGUAAAUCUGAUUAUCUGGAGGUGAUCAGCCAGGAACUGGAGAUCCACGGCACAGUCUACCAGCCUUCAGGACGCGCCUCCAGUCUUCCCGGUUUCGUCAAAAACCAUGGACUUUUGUCUCAGGAAAACUUCCUGCAGCUUCUCCGCAGAGCAAAGGUGUUUGUGGGUCUCGGGUUUCCCUACGAGGGUCCGGCUCCAGUUGAGGCCGUCGCUCUGGGCUGCAUGUUUCUCCAGCCGCGGUUUGACCCGCCACACUCGUCCCACAACGACGUCUUCUACAAAGGCAAGCCCACAACGAGACAGAUUACUUCACAGCACCCGUAUUCUGAGCGUUUCGUCGGUAAACCGUUCGUUUGGACUGUGGACAUGAACAACCGAACGGACAUCAGGGAAGCAGUCGAGUCGAUCCUAAAAACGAAGGUGAAGCCUUUCACGCCUCCAGAGUUCACCUGCUUGGGAAUGUUGGAGCGAAUGCGCCGUUACGUCACUCAUCAGAACUUCUGUGGUAACUCCACGGCUGUGUGGGAACCAGAACCGGUUCUGAGGGUUCUUCUGGGUCCACUGGGUCAGUCCUGCGUGGAUGUGUGUCAGCGCUCCGCCCUCACCUGUGACCCGGCUCUCUUUCACCGCUUCAACACCCCCGACACGUUCACCAGGAUUGGACUAGGCUGCUCCAGCAUGGUGCAGGAGGUCAAUCAUUUGUUUCCGUCUUACAGCCCUUGGGGUCGGCUGUGCGGCCUCCAGCAGGAGCCUCUGCUGUUCAGCUGCGCCGGAUCGGACUCGUCACAUCGCAGACUAUGUCCCUGUAGAAGCCACCGUGAAUAAGCCUGGGCUUUGAUUAGGACUUUGAAAGAACUCAGGAAAAAUCGUCAUCCAAAGGGAAUUCUGACUAAGAUUUAGAGAUUCUGUCAGUAUUUAUCUGGAGGCUGGAUUUGACCAAAUCAGGUAAAGGGUCUUACAUUCGCUGUUAAUACUCAGGAAGCAGAUUUUUAAUCAAUGUAUGUAAGUUUUCUAUAAGUUUUCAAAACAUGUUCAUUACAUUUUUUGCCCAAUAUUAUUCUUAGAUAAUGAGAUUUUAAUCUGGUCAGCUCUACCUAUUUUGAGAUGUUUUGGGGCUCUGUCACUUUAAAUCCAAAUAAGCUUCUCCCGGCCACACCCCCAACUCGGCAAUGGCUGAAAACAGAUGUGCAGUUGUACAACCAUACAUCUCUGAAAAGCAGAAGUAGAGCCUCCUGCGCAACCAGCAUGAAUGCAGCAAGUGAUUUUUAAGCGUGUUUUCAGACCUGAUAGUCUGGUAGACUCGCUUCGAUUUGGGACCAAAAUUACAACAUCUGUUACAUUUUCGGUUCUCAUUUACUCCACUGUGUCAAACCAACCGAAUCCUCUGAUAAACCUGUUCCUCUCCUGGCCAGUGGAGGCGCUGCACCAAGAACCACUGAAUCAAAUGACACAAAUACCUCUGAGAAAGACACUGAGCGCAACUUCCUUCUUUACAAAAUAUAAACAAAAAUGGAGUGGCUUCAGAUUUUAGCA